UGCCCACUCCACACCAAAUGUUCAUCUCUGCUUGGUUUGUUUAUAAUUUUAUUAUUUUAUUUAAGUUCCUUUCUCUUCUUCCACCUUCUUCCCGUCCUUGUUCAGUUUCCCACUUAUUUUCUUUCUCUUUCUUUUGCAUUAACUGUUCUCAUGCAAUGGAUUUUCUUUUAUUUUCUGUUCUUUUCUUUCGGUUUCUUUUCCAAUUUUCCUCCCAUGCAAUAGCCAGUUGAUUCUACUUUGAGAAGUUAGCGUCCACCAGGGAAAACCGUCAUGCAGACAUGAAGACCAAAACCAAGCCACUCUUUCUCAAAUACUUCUUCUUCUCUCUCUUUGUAUCCAUCCCUAUCCUCCUCCUCCUAUUCUCUUUCCAAUCCCUCCGCCAUAAAACUACAGACCCACCACCCGGAAACCAACCCUCCGGCGACCUCCGUAUCCGCCCUGGCUACACCUCCUACGAAGCCUACUUACAGCUCCAGCUCAACAAAACCCUCAAUCCCAAACUCAGAAAGAUAUGGACCACCCGUGACUGGGACAGAAAGAUCAACGUCUUCGCUCAAUUCUUCCAAGACCUCAAGCAGAAACAACUACUCAAGAACGAGUCCAAAGCGCUGUGCAUCGGCGCCCGAGUGGGGCAAGAGGUGGAAGCGCUGAGGCGAGUUGGAGUGGCGGACUCGGUGGGAAUCGACCUGGUUCCCUACCCGCCCUUGGUGUUGAAGGGCGACUUCCAUAACCAGCCGUUCAAGAACGACACAUUCGAUUUCGAGUUCUCCAAUGUUUUCGACCACGCGCUGUAUCCGGACAAGUUCGUUGGGGAGAUCGAACGGACGUUGAGGCCCGGCGGGGUCUGCGUUCUACACUUGGCGCUGUCGCGACGGUCUGAUAAGUACUCUGCCAAUGAUUUAUACAGCGUGAGACCGUUGACAGAGAUGUUUGGAAGGUCGGAGGUGGUCCAUGUUCGCACCGUAGACGGGUUCGGGUUGGACACAGAAGUGGUUUUCCGGAAAAAGAAAUUGAUCGGACGCUCCUGAUUUUGAUUUCGCAAGUUGGGAUCAUCACACGGUCAUAAAACGUUAGUUGAAGUCUUGAGGAUUGUUUGUAUCGAAAUUUGGCUUGCUUGUUGGUUUGGAAAUGUAGAGUGAGCUUGUCGGAUAGGAGGAAUGUACGUAGGUUUGUUUGCCGGCAUUGCCUUCAGUCUUACACAUAUUUCAAAACCAUCUUACUGAACCCAAUUUAACAGCUUUCUCCUUUUUCCGCA